GUACUGUUCGAUCUAAUGAGCAGCUCAAUAUUUAACUACUUGGAUUCAGAAACUUUAAAAAGUUUGGAAGAAGUAGUCAAUGGAGAAGCAUCAGUGUGCGAGACAAUGGACCCCCCUCUGCCAUGUGGAAAAGUGCAGUCUAUUAUCGCCCCCAAAGUGUGCAACUUGACUGGCCUGAUUGUGGAAGAGAACGGACGGUGUGAAAAGACAUGCACUCCAGACAAUGUUCACGUGUGCGUGGAACCAUGCAUCGACGAAGAACUCACAUGCUCUGGCGACAUGACGACUGAUGGUUGUGCGAACAAGUGUGGAACUACAUGUUCCACGUACCAUGGAAACUGUGUCGAGCCAGUUGGAGACCAGUGCAUGCCAGGAUGUGUGUGUUCCGGUGGCAAAGUAUACGACGAAGGACAGGGCAAAUGUGUGGAGCCCACUGCGUGCAGCUGCUCAUUCAACUCCGAAUUCGAUCUAUCCUCUCACCUUGAACUCAUCACAGACAUCAGAGGCCAAUGGUACUCGCUCACUACAGAGCAGGGUCCAUUCCAGAUUGACAACUGCCCCUUCAUCAACCCACAAUCCGAGUUCGCUGAUGAAGCAUGCUCUAUGUCUUGUAAUGGUGGUAUUUUGGACAUCAGAUACACGUGUGUCCGUGGCGGUGGAUGUGUUGUCGGAAACAAGCAAUACGAUGUGAAUGACAAGAUCAACUCGAGUGCCACUGAGUGUUACGAGUACAUCUGUGCCGAUGAACAGGGAACUAUCGAGUACAGAAACACGAAGAGGAACGUCACUUGCGAUGAGGGAGAGAUUAUGGACGAAAGUGACCCGUGUGAGCCAGUGUGUGUUAAGCGCAAGUGUCAGUAUCCCAAGACUGAUGUGAGAGAGAUCAAAUACGAACGAGAGCAGACUUACCAGAACAGUACAGUGAACACAGUGUGCGUGUCUGACGGCGAGGUGGAAUUCAGCUACUGCAGUGGAAUGUGUGGAACUGGUGGAUAUUUCAUGCCCAAUGUCAACGACAUCUCUCAAGGAUUCAUGUCCACUUGUGCUUGCUGCAGACCAGUGGCGACUUCGAUGGUGCCUGUGACAUUCGACUGCACCCACACGUACAAUGUAGGUGGACUCACUACAGUACUGGAGAACAAGAAGACAGUCUCACUCCCACUCAGCAUAGAGGGCGGAUGCUCCUGCGAUGCUUGUGACGGUUCUGGCGGUACCCCAUUCGACGUGUCUGACCUGAUGUCCACUGAAAUAGUACUUCGCCUAUACAAACUGCAACAGGGACAGGACUCGGUCCCCAUCACUUCCAAUGUGGUAGACCAGUGCACUGUGAUCGUGGAUGACGCAGUCUACACUCCGGCUAAUGGAGUGGUGGUGGUGCCUGGAAGUUCCUUCAACAAGGAAACCCAGAUUGACUGUCCUAACUACGUUACAUGGAGAAACAAGUUCCCAGUGAUUGACAUCAACAGCAGGACUGCGACUGCCUACUUAAUUAGAGACACGAAUGUGGAUGACAAUGAGGCCUACGUUGAACUGUACUACAGUGGGUCUGCCUCGUUCCAACUCGGAAUCCAGGGAUCUUGUCAAGGAUUCGACUCUGACGAGUUCUGCACCGGAACAGAGAAUGGAGUGACGGAGUGCAGCAGUCUGUCUUACAGAUGGUCUCCAUACCACACAGCCUCCGACGCCUACUCAGUCCCGUCUGUGAUCAAACUCACCCAACUGGACCUCCAGGGUGCAAACACCAUCUUCGUCUACGUCACCCCCGACAACUCAACCGGAACCAUCAAAGACUACCAGAUAGACAGUGCCCAACCCAGAGUAAACAUCCAGAAGGGAUCCGAACUGAUACCAGUGGAACUAUCUCUCUCAGAUGACAAGCAGAACUGCAAACAAUGGACAGUUGCGGCUAUCAAAGCAGAUGGAACAGUUGAAGUCAUCAAUAGCUGCAGUGGAAACUACAUCGGACUCCUCAAGAGCAACUGCAGAGGGGGCCCAUCAAAUACCAAAUAGAGACAAAAACACCACAAAGUUGACCCAAAAGACCUGAAUUAUCAACAUCAACCUCCACAAAAUGACUCGAAAUUAUCAAAAAUUUAACAAAAAAAGAACAAAUUUGGCUUCCAAAAUCAGACCAAAGCCAAAAGGAGAAAAAUGAACUCGUUUUAAUGUCUAGAUCAAAACUAUUUUGCUUCAAAUUUGAAAAAAGACCUGAAGCAUUUAUGAUCUAGUUUCAGAAUUGGUUGUGGGUUGAAAGCUUAAUUCUGAAUUUUGAUUCCGGACGACAAUGGAUUAAAGUCGCGAUACCCUCGACUCUAAAAAACGGGGAGAUUCAAAUGCAUAAUUGAAAAAACCAAAUAAA